CUGACUUUGCCCCCUCACAAACCUCUCCUUUCCCAUAAUCGUACACCUGCUUUUCUCCGGCUAAUCUUAUCCCCAUUUGUUUUCUUUUUCAUCUUGAAUAAUCAAUGUACUAUCUGUGGUAGAAAACAGAAGGGAAAAAAGAAAGCACCCACAGAUUCAGCUCGUAGCUUACAAAGUAUUAUAUCAUGCCAAGUCUUGAAGAGCUAACUUGUUAGUGGUGUAGCAAUCUGUACCGGAUAUCGAACAGAACCGGCACGAAACUCAGCUGCUUUACCUGAGAAUGAUUCUGCUAAACCCCGGGUUAGAAUUGGAAAACGACUCCGAAUCAAGUAGCCAAGUGGCUUCGAACAUAUCGGCUUCCCCGGAUCACGCGACGGAUACCACAACUACUGUGAAGGUUCAACCAGAUUCGGGGUCUGUUUCCCUCAACCUGACCCUGCACUCCGGUGCCACUGAUGCUGAGAUGAAGAGUGUCACGGGCGAGACUACGGCUACCGACACUUUGCCAGCGGCAACGGCGAGGGUUUUCUCUUGUAACUACUGCAGGCGCAAGUUCUAUAGCUCACAAGCACUGGGUGGACACCAAAAUGCUCAUAAGAGGGAAAGGACAAUGGCAAAGCGUGCAAUGCGGAUGGGGAUAUCAUCCGAGAGGUAUACAAGCUUAGCAUCUCUGCCCCUUCACGGGUUGACAUUCCGAUCCCUCGGGAUCAAAGCUCAUUCCGCUAUGCACCAAGGGUUCAUGCCAUCAUCCAAUAGGCCUAUGGAUACGGGAAACGGUGCUCGGUUCGAUCAAGGGUAUUUCGGAUUGCCAUUAUACCUGGAAGAUGAUGAUGUAGACUUGUUCUGGCCAGGGAGUUUCAGGCAGGUGAAUGAAGAUAAAAAAGUUGACACUAACCAGGCAUUGGACUUGGCUCAAAAUUCAACUCGAAGUUCGAACAUAGGACAUAUAGCAAUGGCAUCAUCCCCAAGAACAGAUACAUCUGCGCUCGAUCUUACAUUGAAGCUCUAAUAUUUUUCUUUCAAGUUUCUUUUCGAUUUCAUCGAAACGAAAUACUGAUUACGUUGUACCUCACUCUGUAUAGUGAGGUGCAUUAGCAAUGGCUGCUAGCUCCUAAGAUUAUUUUUGCUAGAUUUCUUUAAUUUAAUAAAACUCUUUUUAGCGUUUUUUCCUG